UAAAUUAUAUGCGUCUGAAAAUACAAGGCUGUAUUCUAGCUUGUUAGUUAUUACACGUGUUUAUCUAACCAUAAAUACACUAUAACAUGUCACCCCGCAGUUAAAUUAUUAAACUUCGCCCUUCAUAACAAAUGGCAGUAGAUGCUAGCAAAAGUUAGAAUGGUGGUAACACAUUUGAAAAUUAAGAAAAUAUUUAGAUUGUUAGUUGGAUUGAUAUGUGGAGCUUUUUUUAUUCAAAUCUUAUUAUUUGAACAGUUCAAUUCGAAUUUGACAGCGGAUGUUCCUAAUACUAAUAUAGAGAAAAUAAUAUUUGAUAUUCAACUUAAUGGAAGUUCUAAUGUCAUUCCUUUGAAUGAAUUCGAUGAGAAAUAUGUUUACAGAAUCAACCCUGCCAAGUCAAUUUGUGAAACGUUUAAUUGUGACUCCCUCCAAAUUAUAUUUAUUGUGAAAUCACAUGUGUUAAACUUUGGUCAAAGAGUAGCUAUACGUCGAACUUGGGGAGGCAAGACAAUUCUUCGAUCAAAAACCGUAUUUAUUGUUGGAUACCUUGACGGCAUCGAUCAUUUGAUACAACUGGAGUCAAAUAAUUAUAAAGAUAUUGUACAGCUUAACCUACCAGAUCAGUAUGAAAAUUUAGUUUAUAAAACUAUUUAUUCUAUCUUAUGGUUGUUACAUGUAGAUGUAGAAGUGGAAUUCAUCCAUUUUGUUGAUGACGACCGUUUAGUGAAUCCAAUGAACAUUUACGAUUUCGCGAAACACAACAUUUUUUCUGCGGAUUUAGUAAUGAUAGGGUAUAAAUUGGACCUGUCAAAACCAAACAGGAAUAAGAAUUCCAAAACUUACAUUUCACCUGAUGACUAUCAAUUUACCUAUUACCCACCAUAUAUAAUUGGAGGAACUAUCUUGACAAAUAUCAAAACUGUACGAAUACUAGCAAUUGCAGUAGCAUUCAUUAAGGUUAUUCCAAUAGAAGAUGUAUAUAUAGGGAUAGUAGCAAUGAUGGCCAAUAUCAAACUGAAACAUCAUUUCAGGUUUUUACCUUACAAGGAGUCGCCUUCUAAUUUACGGAACACAGCAUCAUCUCCUGGUUAUGCAUCGACGUACAUUCUACUACGAGACUGGAAUUUAGUAAUGGCAACGGACAAUAUAAUCAAUAAGUAAAAUAAUAAAUCAGCUGUGAUGUUUCUAGAGUGGUUCAUAUUUUUAAACACAAACCAAAAGUCAAAGAAUGUACUUUUGAAUACAAGCUUAAUAUACUUUGAUAUAUUUAAAGGAUAUGCUUAGAUACCGCAGGCUAGUAAAACGAAUCAAUCUUAGAAGUUCAAAUGCAUGAACAUUGCAAACUUGUAUCAGCAUAAAAGACGCACACAUUGAACAAAUUUUCCUUGCACGCUUACGAAUUGACUUUAAUCUCCUGUAUUUUCUACAUACAUUGUUGAAAUUUUGUAUAUUCGCUGUUUUUUUAUGAGGUGAUAUAAAUACAAGUUAUCAUUUUACAUAGAGUAAUCAUUGUUUUUAGACAAAAUGAGAAACAAUUAUUCUGUAUAAGAUUAAUUCAAAUUGUUGAAACAAAAUUAAUCAGCGGUAAAAAUAUUUUAUGAAACAAGUGAAAACUUUUCAUACAUUGUAACAAUAAACCACUUUCUAGUUAUGUCCUU